AUGAGCGACUGGGACGAAAUCAAAAAUUUAAUAACAAAUUUGACGUCGGAAAUGCGUAAAGAUCUGAAAGAAAUUAAAAAUGAUUUUCAAGAAUACAAAAAAACACUGAAAAUUUUCAGAGAAGAAAAUAUUGAAUUAAAGAAAGAAAUUAACGAACUGAAGAUGAAAGUUGAAAAUUUGGAAAAAUUGGAAGAAAAAGUCGAAAACAUCGAAAAAUACAAGAAGAAAAAUAACAUAAUUAUAAGUGGAUUUAAAAUACGGGACAAUGAAGAAGAAGCGCAAGAAGAAAUAGAAAAAUUUGUCGAAAACAAGCUACAAGUUGUUAUUAAAGCGAAAAAAUUGACAAAAAUAAACGAAACAAUGUGCGUACUAAAACUGAACAAUCGAGAAAAAGCAGAUGUAAUGAAAAAUAAACACAAACUAAGACACGUCAAAGGCCAAAAAAUAUUUAUACGCCAUGAUUUAACAGAACAAGAGAACAAAAUCCAGAAAAGCCUACAAGAAAUAGCAAAAGAUAAAAGAAACCAGAACAAAAAGGUAGUAAUUGGGUACCAGAAAUUAAUUAUAAAUGGCGAAAAAUUUAUAUGGAAUAAAAAGAAAAAUACGAUUGAAAGUACGAAUACUCUUCAUGAUAAUUCAAAAAACUAG